CAUGUCUUGUGUUUCCAAUGUACCAGUGUGGAGACCAGGUCAUGUCUUGUGUUUCCAAUGUACCAGUGUGGAGACCAGGUCAUGUCUUGUGUUUCCAAUGUACCAGUGUGGAGACCAGGUCAUGUCUUGUGUUUCCAAUGUACCAGUGUGGAGACCAGGUCAUGUCUUGUGUUUCCAAUGUACCAGUGUGGAGACCAGGUCAUGUCUUGUGUUUCCAAUGUACCAGUGUGGAGACCAGGUCAUGUCUUGUGUUUCCAAUGUACCAGUGUGGAGACCAGGUCAUGUCUUGUGUUUCCAAUGUACCAGUGUGGAGACCAGGUCAUGUCUUGUGUUUCCAAUGUACCAGUGUGGAGACCAGGUCAUGUCUUGUGUUUCCAAUGUACCAGUGUGGAGACCAGGUCAUGUCUUGUGUUUCCAAUGUACCAGUGUGGAGACCAGGUCAUGUCUUGUGUUUCCAAUGUACCAGUGUGGAGACCAGGUCAUGUCUUGUGUUUCCAAUGUACCAGUGUGGAGACCAGGUCAUGUCUUGUGUUUCCAAUGAAUCUCCUGAUCCAUAUUACCUAUUAAGGAUCACCUUCAAAUUGAAACUUAAAGUGGAUGUUGUUGGAUAUCAUUACAAAAUGUACUGCUGGUUCAUUCUAUGAUAUAGGAAAACUAGUUGUAACCCAUAUGUACAUGGAAUGAGAAUAUGAAUGAAUUAAUAUUUAAUAGAAACUAUGAUAAUUUGAUGUUAGUUUAUUUGCAAUUACAGCACCGUGCCUCUUUGUUGAAAUAAAAUCUAUUCUCAUAGCUGCCAAUUUUUCAAUCUUCAUAUUAUGUAGUG